AUUUUUAUUAGAGAGAGAAAGAGAAGAGAAAGAGAAGAGAAAGACCAAAGAGAUCGAUCUAGGCAGAAGAGGUAAUCGAGAUGGAUGUUUGAAUUUGAUCUUCCAACGGAACAACACAGAGACGACAAGGUAUUUUUGUUUGAGACAAAAUGAAUUUUCUAUUGCGUACUGCACAAACUCCGUCUCCAGAACAACCUGGCGUUCAGCGGCAUUUGGAGUCUCAUUCAGUGGCGAAAACCACAACUACAUUGGAGGGGCUUAUUGCUGAAGAUCCGUUUCCUCAGAUUGAAGGUGGUGAUAAAUAUAGUGAUUUAAUUGGAGGGGGAGGAAGGAGUACCUAUCCUGGUUCGAGUGUGAAUAAUCAAGUUCUAACUACUGAUAACCACGAAGAUGUUACUGAAGAUGAAGGAUGGAUAAGCAUUCCUUACAAGGAGCUUCCUGAUAGUUGGUGUGAUGCGGUAGAUAUAAAUUCAUUCCGUCCUCUGGACCGCUCUUUUGUAUUUCCCGGUGAACAGAUUCAUAUAUUGGCAUGCUUAUCAGCAUCCAAGAAAGGCACCGAAAUUAUAACUCCAUUUCGGGUUGCUGCACUUAUGAAUAAGAAUGGCAAUAAUAAGCAACAAAAUGGUAGUAAUAGUAUGGAUGGCAAACUAGAUUCUAACGCCGAGGGAGGGAAAGAAAACGAUGUGCAUCAAAGUACUAUUAAUCAAAUUAAAGAUGAAAAUGGUGAAUCUCAGUUAAUUACGGAGACUACUGAUACACAACCAUCUAUAUCUGCUAGUGAAUCAAUCCUUAGAAUGGAGGACCAUAAAAAACAAACUGAAACCGAAUUGGCAAGAUUUAAGAAUUCCCACUUUUUCGUCAGGAUUGCAGAGUCAGAUGAGCUGCUUUGGUCAAAAAGAAGUGCAACAGAAUCAAGGCCUUCUGCGUUGGUUAGAGAAAAACUCUCUAGAAAUGAAGCCGGAGCAAGAAAAGUAUCAAGCACGGAGGGUCACCUCAAUGCCUUUGUCGAUAGAGGAAAUUUUGAUGCAAGUGUAUCUGGUGGAGUAGCAAGGGAUGCCGUCAAAUGCUGCUCUCUCUCAAACGGAGAUAUAGUGGUGCUUUUACAAGUGAAUGUUGGAGUUUCUUUCAUGAGUGAUCCAGUACUUGAGGUCCUUCAAUAUGAGAAGUAUCAGGAUCAAAAUCUGGCUUCCACGAAAGCAGACAACUUUGCUUACACAAACACUGAGGACCCAUGUGGGGAACUGCUUAAAUGGUUGCUUCCUUUGAGUCGUACUUUCCCCCCUCCAACUCGUCCAGUAUCCCCCCCUUCAUUUAGUUCAACUUCAAGUACAAGUAUUAGUAGUUCAACCCACAAAUCUGGCUCCCAACUCUUCUCUCAUUUGAGAAGUUAUUCUAUGUCUUCACUUCCUCAACAUCCCACUCCACCUGCUUCUGUUACAUCCUUCAGUUCUAAACCUCAGUUUGACCUAGAAGAUUGGGAUCGUGUGUCACCUCAAAAGUCAGUGAAGAGCCAGGAAGCUGGAAACGGUGCGCUUCUAUCUUUUCGUGGCAUUCCAUUGGAACCACAAAGAUUUUCUGUUCAUUGUGGAUUAGAAGGCAUAUACAUUCCAGGCAGGAGGUGGAGAAGGAAACUAGAAAUUAUUCACCCAGUGGAAGUUCGUUCUUUUGCUUCCGACUGCAAUACAGAAGACUUCCUUUGCGUACAGAUAAAGAAUGUUUCUCCAGCUCAUACACCAGAUCUUGUCGUGUAUCUUGAUGCUAUUACAGUUGUUUUUGAGGAGGCUCCCAAAGAUGGACCCCCUUUAUCCUUACCAAUAGCAUCGAUAGAGGCUGGGAGCGACCAUUGUUUGCCAAAUCUGGCCCUAAGGAGGGGUGAAGAGCACUCCUUCAUUCUCAAACCAGCAACUUCUAUUUGGAGAAAUCAUAAGCCUCCAGGUGACAGAAGUCGUCAGCUAUCAUAUUCACUGUCUGCAAGUUCAACAGCAAGUUCACAUGGUUCAUCUAGAGUGACUGAAGAAAAGAAAACAUCUUCAAAUGCUGAUCAAUAUGCAGUUUUGGUGUCGUGCCGAUGCAACUAUUCAGAAUCACGGCUAUUCUUCAAGCAACGAACCAAUUGGCGCCCCCGUGUUUCAAGGGAUCUCAUGAUCUCGGUUGCAUCUGAAAUGUCUGAACAAGCUCCAAGGUCCAAGGGAGGAGCCUCUAAACUACCUGUUCAGGUGCUAACGCUGCAGGCUUCAAAUUUAACAUCAGAAGAUUUAACCAUUACAGUUCUUUCUCCGGCAUCAGUUACUUCACCUCCUUCAGUUGUCUCCCUAAACUCUUCUCCAACUACACCAAUGAGCCCAUUUGUCGGGUUCUCAGAGUUCGCCGGAAGAGAAAGGAAUAUUGCGGUUAUGCAGAGGCUAAAAUCUGCGCCUGCAGCAACAACGGAUAGUCAGAAAGAAAAAGCUGGUGCUGGAGUAAGAUCUGUUUCUUUGAAUGAACAAACUGUUUCCAUCUCAGAUGUCAUUCCAACCACUGGUUUAGGUUGCACACAUCUGUGGUUGCAGAGUGCGGUUCCUCUCGGAUGUGUUCCUUCCCAAUCAAUUGCCACUGUCAAACUUGAGUUGCUUCCAUUGACUGAUGGGAUAAUAACACUCGAUACAUUGCAGAUUCAUGUAAAAGAGAAAGGUCAAACCUAUGUCCCAGAGCACUCACUAAAGAUCAAUGCAACUUCCAGCGUUGCUAGAGGAAUUUCUUAAGAUAUUAUGCUUCCUUCCCAUUUUGUAUCACUUCACUAGUUAUGUUGUGUGUUAAAUCGCAAGAAAUCUUCUGGUGCCCUAGGGUUCCCCGCGAUUGGACAGCUUUGCUUGUAAUUACUCAUUAACCUGUCGAGAUGGCAACAAUGAGGUAUAGCUUCAAUCACUCCUUUUCUGAAACAGAAUUGACAAGCUAGCUUGUUAACAUACUUUGUGGAGUGGAACCUAGUUCUUGAAGAUAUGGUCAUAGGUUCAACACUUUGUUCAAUUCAUCAGGGGAUAUUUCAUAUAUAUUCUUCUAAAAUUCCCUUUCAUAGGGAAACAAGAGUUAGAAAUGUGUACAGUGUAGCAGAUGGUCGUGUGUAUAUUAGCACGAGUAUUUCGCAAAAUAAAAGCCAACGGAAUGGUGUCUUUGAUGUGGUUUGCUUGUGUAAUGUGUUUUAGUAUAUUUUAGGAGUUUAUACAUAGGAGGAUGUACGUAAAACCUCGAGAGCAAAUUUACUUGGAUGUUCGUUUCCUAUA